AUGGAAGACAUGAUUAGCCAUUUAUCAGACGAUAUCCUCUGUCACAUACUGUCUUUUCUUCCAACUGAACAAGCAAUUGCCACAAGCGUUCUUUCAAAGAGGUGGAGAUCCCUAUGGAUCUCAGUCCCCGUUCUCAACUAUGACAAUCAAACUUAUCUCAAAAACCUUAAACCAUCAUAUUGCUUUGAAAGGUUAAUAUACGCCACCAUUCUUGCCAGAGGUGUGCAACGACCUAUCAGAACGUUCCGUCUCAAAUACGAGGUUUUUCAUGAUGAACGUGCCAAUGCCGAUAUCAAUGUUUGGGUGGACACUGUUAUUCAACGUGGGGUUGAGAACAUGGACAUCGAGAUUGAAUUUGAUCCUCAGUAUUUGGGAUACGAGUAUAUCAUUUGUUUGAGCCCCAAAAUUCUCAGUUGCAAAACCCUUGUUGCUCUCAAGUUGAAAGAGGUAUCUCUGACUGCUUCUUCUUUUAUUGAGCUUCCCUCCCUCAAAUCACUAGAUUUGGAAACUGUGAAAUUUCAAGAACCUCAAUAUUUUAUGGACCUUCUUUGUGGAUGUCCAAUGCUUGAGGAUUUGAAAAUAAAUUGGCUUGAUUAUGAAUAUAGUGGCCCUGUUUGUAAGGAACGGGUUAAAAACUUACCUGAAUUGGUGAAGGCUGAUAUACGUUUUAUUGGUUUGGAAUAUAUGAAUUACGAUAGUACCAAUUAUCUUUUGGAAGCAAUAUCUAAUGUGGAAAUUUUGACCAUUCAAGAUUAUGAAGAGUUUGGGGUUGAUGUUGGUAAUGCAGUUGCUGGAUUUUCUCAUUUAAGACAUUUGGUCCUCACUGUGCCUUUUGUUAAAAAAUCACAUUGGGUACUAUUGAUGCUCAAGAAUUGCCCCAAGCUUCAAAGUUUUACACUUGAUAUUUCUUUUCAAGCUGAGGAUGUUCUACCAUACCCUGAUUUUGCUCCUGAGUGCCUUACUUUAUGCUUAACUAAGUGUUAUUUGAAAUGCUAUGGAGGUAGAGAAAAUGACCUAAAACUUGCAAAGCAUAUUUUGAAGAAUUCAACAUACUUACAGUCCAUGAAAAUUUGUUGUGGGUCACGUAAUCCACUUGAAGUACUGAAAGAGUUAGCUUUCUGCCCAAGGAAAUCUGCAUCAUGUGAACUAUCAUUUUAUUGA